AGCAGUCACGGGGGUCCAGCUUUGUGGCCCACUUCCAUCGUAGAUGCUAUAUGGGUGAUGUGCAUGCGGGCAGCCGACCCUGUUGCGGCUGCUGCUUCAGUGUUGGAUGCCGCGCCAGAGCUCCUGAAGCGGCUGGAGCGGCUGUGUUCCGCCCUUGAUGCGAUGGCGUUUGAGUUGCAUGGGACUCGUGCAGGCGAGAGCAGGGCGCGCCGAGUGCUGGGCAGCCCCCAAGUGGUCGCUCAGCGGGUUCUUGAGCAGCUGCAGCACGCGCAGCAGCGACAGCAGCAGCAUAAACAACAGCACGACCAUCAUCGUCAUCAGCAGCAGCAGGAACAGCGGCAGCAGCAACCAGCACUGCCAGCCGCAGCCCAAUCAGCACAGGCGGCAUGCGCUGGCUGCGGUGCUUUUGAGGCGGCUGACAGCAGCGCCGUGCGGCUGCGGCUGUGCCGCGGCUGCCGGCAGGUGCGCUACUGCGGCGAGGAGUGCAUGAGGCGGCACUGGGCCAGCCACCGCCCUGCCUGCAAGGCGGCACAGGCGUCAGCUGCCUCAGCACAGCAGGGCGCAGGAGUCGUGGGGAAGCUGGAUGAGUAA